UCACUCGUAGCUUUUCCCACUCUCUCUUUACAGCUCAAACAUUUACCGGCAGAAAAAAUGACAGACGGUCACCUCUUCAACAACAUCUCUCUCGGCGGCCGCGGCGGCACUAACCCUGGGCAGCUUAAGAUACAUUCAGGAGGGAUUCUGUGGAAGAAACAGGGAGGUGGUAAAGCAGUUGAAGUUGAUAAAGCUGAUAUUGCAGGACUAACAUGGAUGAAGGUACCAAGGACAAACCAACUUGGUAUUCGUAUUAGAGAUGGACUGUUCUACAAAUUCACUGGAUUUCGAGACCAGGACCAUGCAAACCUGAGCAAUUUUUUCCAAAGCAAUUGUGGAAUAACACUAGAAGAGAAGCAGCUUUCAAUCAGUGGUCGUAACUGGGGAGAUAUUGAUUUGAAUGGAAAUAUGCUUACCUAUUUGGUUGGUUCAAAGCAAGCAUUUGAAGUGUCUUUAGCUGAUGUCUCACAGACACAAAUGCAAGGAAAAAAUGAUGUCAUUUUGGAGUUUCAUGUGGAUGAUACAACCGGAGCUAAUGAGAAAGAUUCAUUGAUGGAGAUAAGUUUUCAUAUACCUAGUCACAACACCCAAUUUGUUGGUGAUGAAAAUCGCCCUCCUGCACAGGUUUUCCGAGAUAAAAUAACUUCAAUGGCUGAUGUCAAUCCUGGCGGUGAAGAAGCUGUUGUUACAUUUGAUGGUGUUGCAAUUCUGACACCCAGGGGCCGUUACAGUGUCGAACUUCACCUAUCAUUCUUGCGGCUCCAAGGACAGGCCAAUGAUUUCAAAAUUCAGUACAGCAGUGUUGUUCGCCUCUUUUUGCUUCCAAAGUCUAAUCAGCCACAUACCUUUGUUAUUGUUACACUUGAUCCACCCAUUCGUAAGGGGCAGACGUUGUAUCCACACAUUGUCUUACAGUUUGACACCGACUCUGUUGUCCAGAGCAAUUUGACAAUGAACGAAGAUCUUUUGAGCACAAAGUACAAGGACAAAUUAGAACUAUCCUAUAAAGGACUCAUCCAUGAAGUGUUCACAUCAAUAUUGCGUGGCUUAUCUGGUGCUAAAGUAACUAAACCAGGAAAAUUCCGUAGCUCGCAAGACGGCUAUGCUGUGAAGUCUUCACUGAAAGCUGAAGAUGGCCUCUUAUAUCCUCUUGAGAAAAGCUUAUUCUUCUUACCCAAACCUCCAACCCUCAUUCUUCAUGAGGAGAUUGAUUUCGUUGAAUUCCAGAGGCAUCAAGCUGGUGGCGCAAAUAUGCAUUAUUUUGAUCUUCUUAUAAGACUUAAAACGGAGCAAGAGCAUCUGUUUCGCAAUAUUCAGAGAAAUGAAUAUCACAAUCUUUUUGAUUUCAUCAGUGGCAAGGGUCUCAAAAUUAUGAACCUGGGUGAUAUGCAAGCCACCAAUGGAGUUGCGGCUGUUUUGCAGAAUGACGAUGAUGAUGCUGUUGACCCACAUCUUGAGCGCAUUAAGAAUGAAGCUGGAGAUGAGAGUGAUGAAGAGGACUCAGAUUUUGUUGCCGACAAAGAUGAUUCAGGGUCUCCUACUGAUGAUUCUGGGGAAGGAGAAUCUGAUGGUAGCGUAAGUGGAGAUGAAACAGAGAAACCUGUGAAAAAGGAAUCGGCAAAGGAGCCAUCAUCUUCUAAGGUAGCUCCUAAGAAGAGAUCUAAAGAUGGAAGUGAUGAUGGUAAGAAGAAAAAACAGAAGAGGAAGAAGGAUCCAAAUGCACCAAAAAAGGCUAUGUCUGGUUUCAUGUUCUUCUCACAGAUGGAAAGGGAGAAUGUUAAGAAAAGUCAUCCCGGCAUUGCUUUCGGGGAGGUGGGAAAAGUACUCGGAGAGAAGUGGAAAAAGUUGACAGUGGAGGAGAAAGAACCAUAUGAAGCAAAGGCUCGAGCAGAUAAAAUGCGAUAUAAAGAGGAAGUUGAUGGUUAUAAGAACCCGCAACCAAUGAACGUAGACUCGGUAAAUGAGUCUGACAGUGAAUAGGGCCAGAACUAUCGUUAUGGUGGAAGUUAAGUAUGGACUGAUAGAAAAUUGAAGGUGAAUUAACAAUUAAAUUCCAUUGAUAUCCUAAAUCUGCCAAUGUAGUUGUUAAAUAACUUGAAAGUCAAAGGUUAAUAUAUUUUUAAUAAAAAAAGUUUUAAGAGAA